CACAGCCUCCGAGGCCACGUCACCGACGGUGCAUCCAAUCGGCGCAUGCGUUCUAACGAGCGAGCGUAACUGGGCAAAAAGAUGGCGGCGGACUCCGAUUUGCUGGGCGAUGUUUUGCUCGACGCGGCGGCGGACGAGAAAGUAGCUGGGGAGGACACGGUCGGCUCUGCGGAGAGCAGCGUGACCGAAGCGGGUCGCGUCAACGCCAACUCCGCGUCAACUCAGUGUGCAGAAAAUCACGUCAGCAGCGUCGCUGUUUUAAGCAACGCGUGUGCAAAUGUGCAGAGAAGCAAAAUGGGACUUUCACAACAAGAGGUUGCCAAAACAGGAGCGCAUGGAGGUGUCAUAAGCAGUACGGGUUCCCUUGAUUCUAACAGGGAUGGAGCAGCCGGGACCACGUCGGCGGCGGGACCGAGCUUGACAGCCGGUCAGAGUCAGUCCAAGACGGGAGCAGCAGCAGGCGGAGUCGAAACGGUGUCUCCCGAUGCUACGACUGGAGCGAAUGCGCUGCAGACUUUGAAUGGCAGUGCCGUGGUGACGAGCUGUCAUCCCCCCGGUGGAGGUCCCGCUGACAGCAGCGCUCAGCCGCCCGCCGCCACGCUUGUAAACAACGGACACGCGGCAGUUUUGCCCGCGGCGCCUCCGACUAUUACUCGAACUUCUUCUCCCGCGAGUCUUCACACUGCUGUCGUAUCCUCUGUGAAAAGUGAACCGACGGUCACUCUUGCGAGGCCGCCUAUGCAAACUCCUACUACUACUACUAACACCUCGCGAAGCGGAGGGAGCCCCGGGGCAGUUCUGACGUCACCAGCCGUCAGCGUCACCAGCACGACGGGCCCUUCAGUGAACAAACUCGACACCUCAAAAACUGUGUUUCACGCGAGUGGACACAAAGUGGCUUCCACUGUUGCUGCAGGGACCAUGAGGAGCUCUACUGUUCUGCAGAACUUGAGGACUUCAGUUCCGUCAACCAUUACCGCCGCCGCCGCCGCCGCUCCUCCCGCAGGAAUACGAGCUAUUGCCCCUCAGGUGUUGGCCCCAAGACUUACUCAGACUCAACAAAACGCCCCAAACAUCCAGAACAUUCAGCUCCCUCCAGGCAUGGUUCUGGUCCGCAGUGAGAGCGGGCAGCUGCUUAUGAUUCACCAGCAGACCUUGGCUCAGAUGCAGGCUCAGUCACAGUCCCAAAGUGCCAUGACACCACGACCAGCAGCCCCGACCAGCACUCCACCUUUCCAGAUCAACUCUCUGAAGGCUCCAGGCACAUCUCUGCUUCCUCGUCCAGUAACCCCCAUGACCAUUAUUAAACAAGCCUCACCAGUUCAAACCAGCGUAACAGCCACUACCACUCUGCAGAGGCCUCCGGUGCUGCAGAACACCAUGAUGCUGGGAGGAAGUGCCACCACUCCAGGACAGACGCUCGUCACGCCCAGCACAGUGCAGCCCGGUUCUGCAGCCACAGCAGUUACACAGAGGGUAGGGUCGCUUGCAGCCACUGGGACCCCUGUCACUCCAAUAGCUGUCACCGCUGAGACACUGGAGAAUGUAAAAAAGUGUCGAAACUUUCUGUCUACAUUGAUCAAGCUGGCAUCAAGUGGAAAACAGUCGUCUGAGACCACGGCCAACGUAAAGGAGCUGGUCAAGAACCUGCUGGAAGCAAAGCUCGAGCCUGAAGAUUUCACCAGUAGGUUAUACCGGGAGCUCAACUCCUCACCACAGCCGUACCUUGUGCCUUUCCUCAAGAGAAGCCUCCCAGCACUGCGUCAGUUGACCCCAGACUCAGAGGCCUUCAUCCAGCAGAGCCUGCCACCUCAGCCCAGCAGUCAGCCUACCACAGCAGCCUCCACCGCCCUCACUGCUGUUGUGCUCCGACCUCCUCUCUCCACAGCUGCCACUACCACCACCAGCGCCGCUGCAACCAAAACCACAGUCAUCAACCUCACUCAGACAACUCACAGUAAACCCGGACUGAUAGUCCCCCAGCAACAGGGCACCGUGUUGAGGCCUCAGAUGACACUAGCUCAGUCUCCCAUGGUAACGCUCAGAGGACAGCCUCACAACCGAAUCAUUGUGAGCCAGCCACAGGUGGUCAAACAGCUGCACGCAGGAGUGAAGCAGACGUUGGCUCCAGGUGUCAAAGGGGUGGUACAAAUAGUCAGUCAGUCUGCACUGGCUGUUGCUCAGAAUCACAAGCAGAAGGAAACAGGAGGUGGAACCUUUAGGGAUGAUGAUGAUAUCAAUGAUGUGGCGUCCAUGGCUGGAGUCAACUUGUCGGAAGAGAGCGCCCGCAUCUUAGCAACCAACUCGGAGCUUGUAGGUGCAGUGACACGUUCCUGUAAGGAUGAGAGCUUUCUCUCCACCUCUUUGCUCACCCAGAGAGCCCUAGGGAUCGGUAAGAAGUUCGGUGUCAGCGAGCUGGGUUCAGAUGUGAUAAACUACAUUUCUUAUGCUACACAGCAGCGGCUACAAAACCUGCUGGAAAAGGUGUCACAAGUAGCACAGCAAAAGAACAUGACCUUCAAGGAGGACGAGCGGUACAAGCAGGUCAGUGACGUGCGAGCACAGCUUAAAUUCUUCGAGCAGCUGGAUCAGAUGGAGAAGCAAAGGAAGGAAGAGCAGGAGAGGGAGAUUCUCUUGAAGGCUGCCAAGUCUCGGUCACGGCAAGAAGACCCAGAGCAGCUCAGACUUAAACAGAAAGCCAAAGAGAUGCAGCAGCAGGAGCUGGCUCAGAUAAGACAGAGGGAAGCAAACCUUACAGCGCUGGCAGCAAUCGGCCCAAGGAAAAAACGGAAAAUGGACUCUCCAGUUAGGGGUGCCAGCGCAGAGGGCUCAGGAUCAGGCCCCUCCCAGCCUGGAGCAUCCAGCAGAUCAGGCUCCAGACAGUUUACACGACAGAGAAUUACCAGAGUCAACCUCAAGGACCUGCUCUUUUGCAUGGAGAACGAAAGAGAGACCAGUCAUUCACACCUGCUCUAUAAAUGCUUCCUCAAAUAGCACCCUGGUGUAAAAUGACUCGCCUCCCUUGGUGGCUGUAAGGAAGCAGUGUCAGCUCAGACCCCUUGCUGCAGGUACCUUCUGUAGACCCCUGACUUACAAGUGGGAAGAGAUUCACUUGGAACUUGGAAAACCUCCUGAAGCACAGGCCUUCGGUAUGUUUGGGGCAAAAGAUGGAGGAACUUUUGGAACUCGGCUCUGAUGCUUUGCCUUUUUAGAGACCAGUCGCCCCCGACUACACUUUAAUCAGGCACUGCCUCAUUCCUGCACACAAGCGAAACUGCUUUUAACUGAACUAGAUGAUUUCACACAAACUGCAGUAUUAACUAUUUUUUUACAUAAGCUCUCUACUUAACUCCUUAACUGAGAGUUUAAUAUAUUACAUGUUUGUUGUAUUUUUCUGCAAAGUUUAAAUGUCAGAGUUUUUCUUUUUUACAGAGACUAACCUUGAAAUUCUUCUCAUGUGCUGAGUUGCCUUCUUACCAAAUCAAGCCAUAUAGAGCAGAAACCUAGCCGUAAUGUCCUCUUUUCUAACGGCUCUCUCCACAUCAGGAUGUGUGCUUUAUUUUUGUAUUACAUGAUUUCUCUCUCUGUCAUUGCUUCAUAGGAAUCCAAAAAAAGGUGCUUUUUGUGCAUGAUUUAACCACAGUGGUUGGUGUUUGAGUACUUGCUGCAGUAUCACUACUUCAGUGAGAGUCCCUCACACGAUGCCUGUAAGAGGAACUCCACAUUUAUUCAGAUUUUCUAGCAUAUUGAACAUGAAGGCUGCAGAUACUUUCCGACUAAUCCUCUCUACUGCAGACAAAACGUCCUGGUUUCAAGAAUCAUGUCUUGACGGACAAAGUCAAAUUCAACUUACAGAGAUUCCACUUCUGACUGAGUUGACAUCCUCUCAGCAGCAGCCACUGUCGUUACCCUACGAUAAGAGAUAACAGAGAAGAGUGUGCCAUAUUCCAGUCACUUUAGGCAAGGAUGUUUACCGUGUGUGGUUGCUUUGUCGGACACAUUAUAGUGUAAUUGUUUUUUUUUUUCUCUGCCUUGUAUAUCUUAAGAAAAUCAAACCUAGGAUGUUGUAAUCAUAAUAUGAUUUUUAAAAAGAGGGCUUGGAUAUAAGAAUACCAAUGAUGUUACAGAUGGUAGAGAUUUAUGUGAAUCAGAACAUGUCAAUAAGUUGUGUGUCCAUAAUUUUAUAUGAAUGAAAGAUGAGGUUCAUGUUGGGGAAAUAUCGGCAUGAAAUGAAGAACGAGGAACGCACAUUGACAGAUCAGCUUUUAAAGAACAGGUCGAUCGAUGGAAACAACCAAUUUAUAACUUUUUUGUUUUGUUUUUUUAUCUUUUUAUACCUAUUUUGAUUUGAAUACAUUUUUGUUGUCAAAUGAAAGACUGAUUAUCUGCUGAACAUACUGACAUUUGCUUUUUGUAGAUGUAUCAGGUCACAGCUACUAAUCGGGCACGUUUGUCCAUCCAUCCAUUUUCCUCCGCUUAUCCGAGGUCGGGUCGCGGUGGUAGCAGGCGCAGUAAGUCAGCCCAGACUUUCCUCUCCCCAGCAACGUUUUCCAGGCGUUCCCAGGCUAGACAGGAUAUAUAAUCCCUCCAGCGCAUUCUGGGUCUGCCCCGGUGUCUCCUCCCAGUUGGUCGUGCCUGAAAGGGAGGCGUCCAGGAGGCAUCCUUAACAGAUGCCCAAACCACCUCAACUGGCUCUACUCCGAGCUCCUCACCCUAUCUCUAAGGCUGAGCCCAGCCACCCUCCAGAGGAAGCUCAUUUCGGCCGCUUGUAUCCGUGAUCUCAUUCUUUCGGUCACUACAUAGCUCAUGACUAUAGGUGAGGGUUGGAACAUAGAUCGACCGGUAAAUUGAGAGCUUUGCCUUCAGGCUCAGCUCCCUCUUUGCCACAACGGUCCGGCACAACGCCUGCAUUACUGCUGACGCCGAGCCAAUCCGUCUGUCAAUCUCACACUCCAUCCUAGCCUCACUCGUGAACAAGACCCCGAGAUACUUGAACUCCUCCACUUGGGGCAAGGAGAGAGCAAUCCACCUUUUUCCGGCAGAGAACAAUGGCCUCUGACUUGGAGGUGCUGACCCUCAUCCGAGCCGCUUCGCACUCGGCUGCAAACCGCCCCAAUGCCUGCUGGAGGUCCCAGCUUGAGGAACCCAACAAAACCACGUCAUCUGCAAAAAGCAGAGACAAGAUUUUGAGGUCCCCAAACUGGAAACCCUCCCAUGCUCCCCCAAGAAGCCCUGCGAGGGUAAAGAGCUGGGACGGAAUCCACAUUGUUCCUCCUGUAUCCGAGGUUCGAUAAUCGGCCGGAGCUUCCUUUCCAGCAUCCUAGAGUAAGAUUUCCCCGGAAGGCUGAGAAGUGUGAUACUUUGUCUUACUUUUUAAUAUAAUAUAUAGAAUAUAUAUCUGUGGUAGGAGAAAUAAGACUUAUAUGACGCUUUCUUGCCAAUGCCUUGUACAUUUUGCACAGCCUUUUGUUUAUAUGUAAAUACCAGAAUCUAAAAAAAAAAAAAAAAGUUUUUAAUUGCUAUUUUACAAUCGAUUGAGAAAAUGAUCCUCAUUAAAAACAAAAGACAAACAAA